AUGGCCAAGACCAUCGACGGCAAGGUCCGCCCCCUCGCGCCCUUCGACAAGACGCUCGAAAAGUCGACGCUAAAGGGCGCAUCCCGUAUCUAUGUGAACCGGGACUCUCUUAUUCAGCUCACGGGCAGUGUCGACAACGGCCGCCGCUGCGUCGUGACGAGGACCGUCGCUCAAGAUGCGACAAAGUCCGCAACGACGGAGCCGCUGCACCGCGAGGCGGCGCUCUGGACCCUGUCUGACAAGAACAUCAGCCCCAACAUCAUCCUCAUGAGCGAGGCGUACCGCGAGGCCUGCGGGUUCGAGCUGGGCGACCAGAUCACCAUCACCAUGUGUGAAAAGUCCGCCGUCCCGGACGCAGAGGCAGUGAGUAUUUUGCCUGUGACUACGUCGGAGAGAGAAAAGGCCGAGAUUGCUGCGUGGGAGGGCGCGUGGAUUGGGGUAAUUCGCUUCUAUCUCGGACGCGCCGAGCAUGUGUUCCCCGGCAUGAAGUUCGAGUGUGUGGCCCCUGGAGCGAAGCAGAUCUUUAGAAUCACGACCGUCGACGGUCAAACCGACAAUGUCGCGCGCUAUGCCGUAACAACAGUACCUAGCAUCGUUUCCAGCGAAGAGGAGAAGCCCGUUCAGGAGGUCGUCCGGGACGUGACGCGGCUUGUUGUUUCGGACAUCCCAGGCUUGCACGCUGAAGAGAAGAAACUGAGGAGCUUUCUCCGCGGCUUCAAUACCAACUUCGUCUACAAGGGCCAGCAAAAAUCGUGCGGCAUCGUCAUCCACGGUGGCCGGGGCACCGGCAAGUCGUACAUCCUGAACCGGAUAGCGGCCACGGGCUGGGGCAGGGUCUUCCGGAUUGAGGAGAAUGACAAGUCGUCCACUGUCGAGGAAGUCUUCAAGCAAGCGCGGACGAUGCAGCCCAGCAUUAUUCUCAUUGAUGGUCUGCAGGCUUUGAUUGGAAAGGACAGGGCGAACUCUACGGCCAUCAUCCAGAGAUUGGGGCAGCAACUCGAUCAGCUGGCCGAGGAUGCCCUAAACAACGGCACCCUGCCCAAGGUUGUUGUUGUCGCCACUUGUCUGGACUACAUGACCGACGUGCCCCCUGAGUUGCAGAAGAGGACGAGAUUCGAACGAAACAUCCCCCUUUCCAUACCAAACGCCGAGGGCCGACUAGAGAUCCUCAAGUCACUCGACAUCCCUAUCCAACCAGAGGUCAAGGACGUCAUGCUGGCCAAGCUAUCACAGCAGACACACGCAUUCAACGCAAGUGACCUGGAUAGACUCAUCGAGAACGCAAUGAUAAUCUCAGCAGAGCGGCUAGACCCAGACGAGACCGGCUACGACGAAGAGGCAUUGGGAACGCCGUACCUCUCGCGAGAGGACCUGGAGCAGGCACUGCGCUCCACAAGACCAACGGCCAUGCACGACGUGAACCUCAAACCACCCACGAUCCACUGGCAAGACGUCGGCGGUCAGGAGAGUCUCAAGAACGCCCUGCGAAACAUGAUCACCCUCACGACAACCAACGACCCCACCGUCCAGAAGCUCAUCCUGACGCCUCCCAAGGGUCUCCUCCUCUACGGCCCACCGGGUUGCUCAAAGACGCUGUCCGCGCAGGCCAUGGCGACCGAGUCGGGUUUCAACUUCUUCGCCGUCAAGGGCGCCGAGCUGCUCAACAUGUACGUGGGUGAGUCGGAGCGCGCGGUGCGUCAGCUCUUCGAGCGCGCCCGCGCCGCGAGCCCCAGCAUCAUCUUUUUCGACGAGAUCGACUCCAUCGGCGGCCAGCGCGCGGGCAACGGCGCCGCCGCCAAGAGCCAGGGGUCCGUCAACAUGCUCACGACGCUGCUCACCGAGAUGGACGGCUUCGAAGCGCUGUCCGGGGUACUGAUUCUCGCGGCGACGAACCGCCCGGAGGCCAUGGAUCCUGCUCUCCUUCGUCCGGGUCGUUUCGACCGCAUCGUGUACGUGGGACCGCCGGACGCCGCCGGCAGAGAGGCCGUCUUCAACCUGUACCUGCGUAGGCUCCCGCUCGCGCCGGAUGUCGACGUGGCGGAACUCUCGCGGUUGUCCGAGGGCUUCUCGGGCGCUGAAAUCAAGCAGAUCGUCAACGUCGCGACGGAGCCGGCGUUGAACAAGACGCUGAACAAGACAGCCGGUGCCAGGCUAGACGGCGGCGAGACGGGACAGGAUCAGGUGCAGGUGUGCAUGGAAGACAUUGUGGAGGCCAUCAAGUCUGUGCCCAAGGGCAUUACGCAGCAGAUGCUCGACGGGUACGACAAGUGGUCGAAGCAGUUCAUGAAGCACCAGAACCAGAAAUAG